UGUGCAUAGCCUUUCUUCUCAGUGUUCAUAAGCGAACAAGUCUUAUCAGGGUCUAAUUUUACAGUGACAGUAACGGCAGUGUCCCUUCCUUACUCUCUAACGCGUCGAUCGCGAUGCCGCCGUUUCCUCUCGGAGUAACGUAUGGAGUUUAUUUCCUCUCAACGGUUCUCUGUGCUAUACUCUGGGGAGUGUCUUGCGUGCAAACCUUUUCUUAUUAUACUCGUUAUAUCAGAGAUGAUCGAUGGCUAAAAACUACGGUCGCUAUCAUAUUUAUGAUGAACGCUGCACAGACAAUGCUGAUAAUGCACGGAGCGUACGCUUACCUAGUCAUUCACUUUGGAGAUUUUUCAUUUUUUGAGAUGGCCCUUCCGGUGUCCUCAACUGGAUUUCUUCUCUCGGCCCUUGUUUCUGUUUGUGUGCAAGGAAUAUUUGUCGUCAAAGCACAAAGACUCAGCGAAACGAGAUCAAGGGUGCUCCCCUCGCUCUGGAUCCCUUUAGCUCUUUUUGAACUGGGGGCUGCAAUUUAUUGUGUCGCUGAGAGUUUUCAAAGUGGGAAGAAUGUUUUCUUCACCGCAUCGCUGAAGGCAAUCGUGGUUUCUUAUCUUGCCGUCAUGGCCUUUGUUAAUAUUGCGACUGCAUUUUUUUUGGCCAAAUAUUUGCGCAUAUUGCACAGACAAGCCAUGACGUUUGCAUUGAGCGACAUGAUCUAUCGCUUGAUCGUUUUCUCAGUGUUGAGUGGAAUUUGGACCACUUUAUUCGCUAUUCUCGACAUGGUUACAUAUCUUGGCUUUCCAAAUACUGCGGUGUACGUCUUGUUCGACUUACCUCUUUGCUCGCUAUACUGCAAUACCCUCCUUGUGAGCCUCAACUCACGGGAUAGUGGGUCUGCCGCAUCGAUCAAAGAAUUGUCUACAUUCAAAGCUGCAUCGCGACCAGUCAUCAUAUCAAUGGAGAGGGGACGCAGUAGCGAUUUUAGUGAUGACAGAGAAAGCAUUUGUAUGAGUGAUCCAGACAUAGUGUAA